UUGCAGUGGCCGGUUUCCUUUAUACCUCAUAUACAUUCAAGAUUUGUGCCUGUAUUACUGAAAAUACUAAUUUUGGACAUGUCACAAAAUACUCCUGAAACGGUGGAGUACCGUCGGAAAAUAUGGUACCUGAUACUAGAAUACAUGGAAAAUUCAACAAUACAUGGUCUCAAAUAUAUAUUUCCGAGUGUACAAGAACAGAAGGAGAGAGACAAAGACAGAAACAAGUCACCGCAACAGAAAGGUUGCCUUCAGACUAAUUGUUUCAGCCUCAAAAGACUUUUCUGGAUAGUUGUGUUCCUGGUCAGUGCUGUUCUGUGCGUUUCACUUAUCAGUAAAGUAUGGUCCAAAUACAAAAACAGUCCGGUUAUAGUCAGCUUCAGUGAGAAAUAUGUGCCAGUAGAAAAGGUACCAUUCCCAUCUGUGACGAUAUGUCCGAAUGUAAAAGUGAAUCCAUCAUACAAUUUCACAAAUGAAUAUAUAAAAUACUUUACAAAUGCUUCGUUUCGCAACGAAUAUAAAAACCAUAAUGAAACCAUUAGAAAAGCAAUGGAAGCCGUUCAGGAUAUCUCGAUGAUAUGUCCUACUAGUACUGCUCAACGUAUAUUUAAAACGUUAAAUUUCACUUUAGGUCGAAAUUUCACUGAUGAUACAAUUCAAGAUAAUAUGAAGAAGGUUCUUGUCAAUAUGGAUGACAAAUUGCGAUGGCUAGACAAUAUAGCAUUGCAUAUUAAGUAUGCUACAAUAUUGACAGAGGAAGGUUAUUGUAUCAACAGAGAUGUGUUAGCGGCUACAGAAAUAUUUCGCGAGGAAAACUUGCGACCUAAUUAUCCAUUGAGCGAUGCCUCUGAACGCAGCAAAGGUUGGGACCUUGUUAAAGGUUACACAAGUGAAUCUAUACAUGUAUACCCACCCAGGACGACAGGAGAAGCAUCUCGUAUUACACUAUUUCUCAAACUGCCAAAAACCAACCAAUAUGAUUACUGUAAUGCUGGUCUUAGUGGAUUUAAUAUAUAUUUACAACACCCGGCUGAUCAUCCGCAAGCGCUCAGGCAUUUCUACGUGGCAUCCCCAGGGAAGACUACAUCUUUGGCAAUUAAAUUUCAAACCACAUCCGCGUCUGCUGAUUUGGAAAAAUUCGGAGUGGACGUCCGCAAAUGUUAUUUGCAUGAGGAACGAGUCUUGAAGUAUUUCAAAAUUUACACCCCCAACAACUGUAGACUGGAGUGCAUAUCAAAUUAUACGUACGAAACAUGCGGUUGUGUUUCAUUUUAUAUGCCACAUGAUGGAAACCAAUCCAUUUGUACUUUAGAAAAAAUGGCUUGCACUAAAAGGGCUCGAGCCAUAUAUCAGAGUGAAAUCUUCCAGGCGUAUUCAAAUGACCGUCCUGACAAAUGUUCCUGCUUACCGUCAUGCGACGAAACCGUUUACGACGCAGAAGUGUAUGAAUCCGAUUUUGAUAUUCAAAAAAUUGCUGCACACUUAUUAGCGACUGGGUACAAGUAUAAAACAGACGUAGACAUCUAUGACUACUUUAGGAUCGAUGUAUACUUCAAGUCACCAAGCUCCUUGUCGAUACAGCGGUCAGAAUUGUAUACCCUGUCAGAACUCUUUGGUAACAUUGGUGGUCUACUUGGACUUUGUCUUGGAGUUUCCUUCUUCAGUUUGCUGGAGAUUUUGUAUUACAUUUUUAUGGGAUUUAAGGUAACUAAAGAUAAAGUGGAAGAAACUAUAGAUGAAAAGUACAAACAUCAAGACAUAGAGAUAAAAUAG